AACUUGUCAUUUCUUCAAAAUUCAGAAAAAAUACAAUAUCUGCUGAUCGAAGAAACCAAAACCACUUCUGGGUUCUUUUAAUCAAAUGAAGUAUUUUGUAAAUAUACCUCUGUUUAUCGCCCCCAACCCCAUUUCCGUACCAAAUGGAAGCCAAUGAUAAUUCCACUAAUAAGGACUUUUACAAGAUUUUAGAAGUUGAUUAUGAUGCAACUGAUGAGAAGAUCAGGUUAAAUUACCGAAGACUUGCACUGAAGUGGCAUCCUGAUAAGCACAAUGGUGAUAGCGCUGUUACAGAGAAAUUCCAAGAGAUAAACGAAGCCUAUAAAGUGUUGAGUGAUCCUGCCAAACGCAUUGAAUAUGAUUUCACUGGGAUUUAUGAGAUUGAUAAGUAUACUUUGCGGGAAUAUCUUGCCAGAUUUAAAGGAAUGAUUCUUACCUGCAAUGGCCUUGGAAUUAGUCAGCCCUCUAUAUGGACACCACAACUGAAAGAAACCAAUGACUUUGCAGAUAAAUAAGGUCUGGUCAUAUUAUAAUCCAUGACAAUGUUUGUGCUAUAGACCUCUUAAUCUUUCUCUUAAUGAGUCGGAUCUCUGCAAUCGAAAAUUUCCAAUAUCAUAUGGAUACUAGAAUUACUGUGUGAAUUGAAGCAGCAAUAGAGAUG